AUGGCCAAAUCAAGACCUGCGCGUAGGAUUGCUCUAGCAGCGUUUACGAUUGCUUUGGUGGCACAGUCCGUGGAUUUUGUUGGCUUCGGCACCGGAGCGCGCAGCUCCCGCAUUUCCCUUCGUGCUGUCUGUGCACAAGUGAAAGAGCCGCCGGCCGAAGGUGACCGAGUCGUCGUUGAUGGCAGCGACGGGCCGAUUGUCGUGGCAAAAAUCGACGGCAAGUACUAUGCCGUGGAUGCAAAGUGUCCUCAUCUCAACCUCCCCAUGAAGAAGGGCAAGAUCGAAAAUGGGCCGGAUGGUCCGAAGCUCACAUGCAACUUCCACAACUCGCAGUUUAACAUGAAGGACGGCUUGUGCACCAGGUGGGUCACUGGCGCUUUGGGCUUCGAGAAUGAUUUCAUCGCCGGGGUAAUGUCCAAUGUGGGCGGCGAGAAAAAGAAUUUGCAAGCUUACGAGGUUGUCGAAGCGGAUGAUGGAUCUCUUUCUGUGGUGCUUCCCAGCUCGUGA